AUGUCGGCUUCUUCCGUCAGUGACGCGCAAGAAGCAGAUGCGGGCUCAUUCGUGUACCAGGGAUCAUAUUCGUACGGUAAAAGAAACGGAAACUGCGCUGCUUCGAGUGGACUGCACCGGCAGCAGCAGCAGCAGCAGCUGCAGCAGCCGAGGAGCCCGCAACAACGCCAUCAGGAGCUGGUGGCUGCUCGGAGAGAGCAGCAGCAGCAGUUAACAGAGGCGCACAAUGAAUGGCGCUGGGCAGAGCGCAUGCAGCGGGUAGCGAUGCAUCAGCAGCAACGGCAUCUUGACUGUGACUUGAGGCAGGUGCAGCAGGUGCACCUUAGCAGCGGCUUGCCAGGUUCCUUUCAGGCGCAACACCGGCAAACGGCUGGGCAAACGUUUUGCCCUCAUCGUCUUGCCAGCAUCUACAACCUGUCGAUACAGAGGGAGCUUGAGGAGGUGAGGGGUCACCUGGGGUCUCUCCUUUGUCGGGCCAGCCUGAGAGGUUACGGACCUGCAGUUUCAGGGAACGCCAUUCGACGGUGUUCUCGCAUUAAGGAAGCCCUGGCAAGGGUGGAAGAUGACUUACUACUUUUGCAGGAGCUACAGGCUCGGUACAGCAAUGCGCACUCACCUGAAUGGGGGGACGACUUGCACCAGCGACAACUGCAGCGCCUGGUGCCUCUCAACCUGAUGCCUUGCAUGAGUCAACGUAUUGAUCUGCAGCACUUCAGGGACCCUAAUGCAGAUUCAGAGGAAGAAAAGGAAUGCGAACAAUGGGCGAGGACCCUACAUCAAGUCCUGCUCAGGCAGAUUACCGCCAAAGACAACCAUUUCCCAGAUUAG